AUGUCUGUCCGUUCCGUACCUCUCUCUAUCCUUCUGUGCCCCUCUUCCUCUACCACUCCUUCCCCACCCGCUCUGGCCCCCACCCCUCAUGAUUCCCGCCCUGCCAGGGUGCGCCAUCGCAGCAUUGCGUUUGCGGGCGACUCCCUCAGCCAGCAGCAGUUCCUCUCCCUCCUCUGCCUCCUCACCCCCACCCCCCGCUUCAUCCCUCUCCCCUCCCCGCCUCCGCCUCACCUCCCCGUCCUAUCUCCCUCCUCCCCUCUCUUUCAACCAUCCAAUCUGAACCAGCCGCGCUCCCUAAACCCCGACCCAUCUCAGCCUGACACUCUCAACUCUGCUCCUGGAGCAGCCCAAGCACCAGAGGCCGCAGCAGCGGGCGCAGCAGAGGCCGCAGCAGCGGGCGCAGCAGAGGGUGCAGCAGCGGGCGCAGCAGAGGGUGCAGCAGAGGGUGCAGCAGCGGGUGCAGCAGCGGGUGCAGUGGAGGUGGUGGCAGUGGGGCACCUGUUUGGGCUGUCGUGGGCGAGGAGGCCUGUGGCGGGCACGGAGAGGGGCGGCGCCUUCUGGUUCCCCCAUGCCAACCUCGCCGUGCUGCAGCGCACCGCCAACUGGCUCGUGCACGUGGAGCGCGUGGUGGCGGGGGGACAGGCGGGAGAGAGCAGUCGCGGGAACGAGGGUGGUGGAGAGAGUAGCACACGGGCCACCACUGGACCCACGACAGCUUCCAGCGAUACAAGCUCGCCCUUCAAACGUCCCCCACCGCCCGCCCAGCCCUGCUCCCAGCCAGCCAAUCGGAAAACGCCACGCUGCAUGGCAGAUGCAGCAGUGAGCGGCACAGCGCCUUCCAGUGACCCGCCGCGCAUGGCCUUGGGCCCACCUCCUCUGGUGCUGCUGCGCACGCUGUCUCCAGCGCACUUUGCUGCUGGCACGUGGAGUACAGGCGGGCGCUGCGACGGGUUUCAGGACCCACUCCGAGGAGAGGAGGCAUGUGCACUCUCUGGGCAGUGCAGGGACACAGCAGCCGAAGAUGCCUUGCGUGCUGCAGCAGGGGUGGGGAGAGCAUCGGCAGCAGAUGGAGCAGACGGAGCAGGAGCAGAGCAAGCAGGGGCAGAGCUAGUGCCAUCAGCAGGAGAUGAAGGACUGGGGGAAGCUACAGCUUUGAGCGGGCUUCGAGCUGCAGCAGAGGGUGCAUCAGGGCAUUCAGUUACAUGGUUACGCUUGAUGAAGGUCUCGCUUCUCUCUGCUCUACGGGCCGACGCACACGUGGCGUCGUUCUACACCUACCGCACAGCACCGAAACAGAAGCACAGAGGGUUUGGAACGGAAGGGGCUGAAGGCUUUUCUCAGUUUGACACAGUAACCAAAAGGAGUGGGCCUGUUCCUUCAGCUGGCUUGGAAACUGCUGCGUUUAAUGUGACAGGACAAGAAGCUCUGGGGGAUAUGAGGGAGAAUACUAUGCCCGGUGAUGGAGUGAAGACACUCGUGCGAGACUGUGUGCAUUGGUGUCUGCCUGGUGUGCCCGACACAUGGAAUGAGUUGCUGUACGCUGAGCUUAUCAGAUCCGGAAAUUUCACUUUAAAGUAA